GCGACGGCGCAUGCGGCUUCGCAACAGACCAAAGGCGAGAUCCGAAGACCCUUUGAUCUACUCCAAUCUCUCGCGCCAUGCAACUUACUCGUAUUCGGAAUGGGCCAUGACUCGCUCAUGUGGGACACGUUCAAUCCACGUGGCACGACGUUGUUCCUCGAGGAGGAUCCUAAGUGGACCCGCACUUACCUCCAACGCUUCCCUAUCUUACGCGCUCAGACAGUGAGUUACAACACGCGCAUCUCCGAGGCCAAGACCCUAUUGUCCUCUUAUAAGAAAGAUUGUGGCAACACCACCACCGGUCACCCCCUGAAGGGUAACCGGCGGUGUAAGCUGGCACUAAAUGAGCUGCCUGAUGAAGUCUAUGAUCGAGAUUGGGACGUGAUCAUGAUCGAUGGACCCAGGGGAUAUUUUGCGGCGGCGCCGGGGAGGAUGGCGGUGAUAUAUUCGGUGGCGAUGAUGGCGCGUGGAAGAAAAGGAUCGGGUGUGACGCACGUGUUUCUUCAUGACGUGGAUAGGGAAGUGGAGAAACGGUAUGCCAUGGAGUUUUUGUGCAUGAAAUAUAGGGUUGGGGGUAUUAGGAAGCUUUGGCACUUUGUUAUUCCACCCGUUGUUAAUGUUAGUGAUAUCUCUCAUGGAUUUUGCUGA